AUGGGCCAGGUGGGACAGAUCAGCCAGCAGUCCGUCAUCCACACCGGCGUGUUUGUGCGCAUGGAAGCCAUCCGAACCGAACGGCAUCAAACCCGGUAUCAGCCACUGGAGGCAUAUCAGGAUCUGGAGACUAUGACGGAGCGUGUUCGUCCAUGGCAGCAGAUGUUGAUGUUUUUUUGGCGGACGCAGCAAUGUGCAUCCGACGAGAGGCAUCCCCCAUAUCGAUUCACCCAACGACAACGUGCCGCAUGGAAUCGACUGGUGCAGGUUGCUCAUCCCCAGAUCCCACCCCAGAAUCCCAGACGGUCCAUAGUAUUGCAACCCGGUCAGCGGCGCCCAUGGGAACUCAGCCCAUCGCCCAUAUCCAGCGAGUCGUCCCACUCCGAAGACGAAUCAUUCACCGACGAUGAUGAGAUGGAUGAGGAUAUCCACGAGGAUCCCGAGCUAGAUCCCAAGCUGGAUCCCGCUCCACAGAGCGCCAUUCCACCAUUAACCCCCCUCCAGCGGGCGUGUUUGGACUUUUGCAUCGAGCUGUUGAACCAGCGUGUGGUACACCGGGAAUACGACUGCGCAUUGGUGUGUGCCAUGGCCGUGUUGGGCGUUCGCGAUCGAGGUGGAUGGCGGACCCCGGAGGAUUACCCGCCCAUUUUGUCCAAAGUGAUCAAACUGGCCCGGUUCAUGGUGGUCCGGAAAGCCAUGGAACUGGCGGAGAACGAGGACGACGCUGAACCCGCCAGUUCCAUGCAGGAGAACGACUGGGACAGUGCGUACGGAGGAUCCCCAUCCCCCCGUGCCACUCCAUCCAAGAAAGGGUGUUUGCAGUGGGUGACGCAGAUGAUGGACCGGUUCAUGGUGCGUGGAUCCCAAAGCCCAAUGCAGUGGAUGUUGGAUUUACGGACGUAUGGGUUGAAGAUCCAUUACAACACCACCACGGAGGGCCAUGUGACGUGGCAGAAUAGUGAUGAGCUGUUAUAUAAAGAUGUCAAAUUUACAAUGCGGCAGUUCCGUGGCAUGGUCGACCACACGGUGCGGGAUGCACGGCGGAUCUUGAUGGAGGAUUUGCUGCAAUGCACCCCCAAUCAGGUGCCAGUGAUUCCAUGGGAUCAGCUGUAUGACAACCCGUUCAAUGAGGAUCCCCAAUGGAGUUUUGUGCAGGAUCCGCGGACCCCAUGGCCCAUCGAUGGCACCGGCUAG